AUGCCCCCUCAGCAAGUCAUGGUGAAGGAUUUGCAUUGGUGGCACUUCUGGGGCCAACAUUCAAGCUGUCAAUUUGGCAUCCCAAUUUUCAAGGGAGAGGCUAUAGCUGGACAGCUACUUGGUUUUUUGACCAAGCACUGGGCAUGCCUGAUUGAAGAUCUGGGCUCAUCUGCCCCAGCACAUGCAAUCAUAGAGGUGGCUGCCCAAGUGCCCACAGUCACCCUCAAGAGGGAUGAUGCUGUGUGUCUCAAGCUUGUGGAUGCCUGGUCUGUUCAGGCAUGCAGAUGCCCCCAAGGUAUGACUGCAUCUGUGCAGUUCUUGCUGGGCAGGACAAGUGUGCAAGUUGCACACUCAGCUAUGUGGCCUGGAGUUCAUGUGUUUGACAUCUUGUAG